AUGAGCAGUCCGGCAAAACGACGCAAGAAGUACGAUACCAAGGCUUCCGACAGACCCGUGCGCAGCCUCGACUACUUUUUUGCCAAGCAGAAAGACAACUCCCAGACUGCGCCCCCCUCGGCGCCGAAGCACGACACGGCGAACAGCUCACAGAACGGCACGGCAGAAGCCCAGUUAACGGAUGAAGAGCUUGCGAGAAAACUCCAGGAAGAAUGGAAUAGGGAAGAUGGCAACCGUAGCACCCAAGAGCCUCCGCAGCAGGAGGUUGCUCCUCGUGGCGAGAGUAGCGACCGCGAACAAGUAGUCGAAGGUGAAAGGCUCGGAUCAAAUGCCACAGCUGCCACCAACACCCUCCGGUUACAAUCCACCGCAACCGCCGAAGACACAAUUGCCUCGAACAUACCAUUCGAUCAGAGCCCUCUGACGUUCCGACCUUCCGACUAUGUCUCAGACCUAAAAACACACUGGGCUACGGACGGAGGGCACGCGACGUAUGCGUUGUUGACGAGGUGUUUUGUCUUGGUCAACAGCACACAGAGUAGGAUCAAGAUCGUGGACACGUUGGUCAACCUCUUACGAACCAUCAUUGAAAGCGACCCGCACAGUGUGUUGCCUGCUGUCUGGCUCGCCACAAAUUCUAUUUCACCUCCCUACGUCGAUCUCGAGCUGGGUCUAGGAGGAUCAGCUAUCUCGAAGGCCUUGAUCAAAGUAUGUGGGUUAAAUAAUGCUGGCCUCAAGAGCCUGUACAACAAAUAUGGGGACGCCGGCGACGUAGCCUUUGAAGCGAAGAAACGUCAGAGCUUUACCUUGCGGAAGCCGAAGCCAUUGACCAUCAAAAUGGUAUACGAUUCUCUGGUCAAAAUCGCGAACAGCAAAGGCCAGGGAAGCCAGCAAGUCAAGCAGCGCAUCGUGGAGCGACUCUUGCAGGACUCAAGGGGUGCCGAAGAGUCACGUUACAUUGUUAGGACCUUGGUCCAGCAUCUCCGCAUUGGUGCUGUCAAGACGACCAUGCUUAUAGCCUUGUCUCGAGCAUUCCUCAUGUCACAUCCUCCCGGAGCCGGUUUUCCUAUCCAACCAACCUCAACACUGGCCAGUUUGAAGAAAGAGCAGCUCUCGGAGAUCUACUCGCACAACGAAGAGAUCGUCAAAGCAUGCUUCGCCCGCCGGCCAAAUUACAACGACCUUGUGCCUACACUCCUCCAAAUUGGAGUCUGCGACGAGUUGCUCCUACGCUGCGGACUUUCAAUGCACAUUCCUCUCCGUCCCAUGCUUGGCAGCAUAACCCGCGAUCUGGGCGAAAUGUUGACGAAACUUCAAGGUCGGGACUUUAGCUGCGAGUUCAAGUAUGACGGCCAGCGCGCACAAGUGCAUUGCGACGCACAUGGCAAGGUUACCAUUUUCUCUCGCCACCUAGAAAUCAUGACUGACAAAUAUCCUGACCUUGUUGCCUUGGUACCCCAGAUCCGUGGAGAAGGCGUCAGUAGCUUCAUCCUCGAAGGCGAAGUUGUCGCAAUUGAUCGCGACACUGGUGAUCUUAAGCCCUUCCAGGUGCUUUCCAAUCGAGCACGCAAGGACGUGGUAAUCCAUAGCAUAAAGAUUGACGUAUGUUUGUUUGCGUUUGAUUUGAUGUACUUGAACGGCGAGGAGUUACUGGACCGACCACUUCGAGAACGGCGGUCUUUGCUCAGAAGUCUUUUUACGGAGAUACCAAACCACUUCACGUGGGUCGAGAGCUUCGAUGCGUCAUCAGUGGAUCAAGAAGCCGUGAGCGAGUUCUUCAGGAAGGCGACCGAACACAAGUGCGAAGGUAUCAUGGUAAAGGUAUUGGACAAUCUACCCAAUCCAGAUUUCGCUGCAGACCCGACGGACAAAAAGGCGCCUCCCACACCAGGGAAGCAACCGAAAGCCCAAAACAUCACAAAGAACACAAAAUACAACGAUUUUGGCAGUGGGGAGGCAAAAGACGAGAAGAAGACAAGUGGCCGUCGUAAAGCCCUGCUCGCCACGUACGAGCCCGACAAACGUCUGGACUCCUGGCUUAAAGUUAAGAAGGAUUACAACACAUCAGCUGACACGAUUGAUCUCAUCCCUAUCGGCGCUUGGCAUGGCAACGGGCGCAAGUGCAAAUGGUGGUCACCCAUCUUGCUGGCCGUGCGCAAUCCUGAAACCGGCUGUCUUGAGGCUGUUACCAAGUGCAUGUCCGGCUUUACUGACAAAUUCUAUGCCACAAAUCGAGCCAAAUACGAUCCUGACAUAGGAAGCAUUACCGCGUCGGAUGAUGACGGCGAGGAUGGCGAUGAGCAGGAGAGAAAUGGCAAGGUCAGGCUUUCCAACGUCCGUUCGAGAAAGCCAGCCUUUGUGGAAUACAACGGCGAGCCGGCCGUCUGGUUCGAGCCCCAGGAAGUCUGGGAAUGUGCCUUCGCCGAUAUCACGCUCAGUCCGACUUACACUGCAGCCAUUGGCCUUAUCAGUGAAGAGCGUGGCCUCAGCCUCCGCUUUCCGCGGUUCCUACGGGUCAGAGAGGACAAAAGCAUCGAGGAAGCGAGCACAAAUGAUUUCUUGGCCGAUCUGUACCGGAAACAGGAGGCCAAGACGUCCUCGACAAGCACGCAGGAGCCGGUAGCCAACGAUGAGGCUGAUGGGGAUGACGAGGCCGGGUGA